AUGAAGGCUCCUGAGUAUUUAGCUCCUCUGAGAGAAGAACUCGCGGCUGCCCUAAAACAAACCGAUAAUGCAUGGAGCUUUGACAUUUUCAAGCACACCCCUAAGCUUGAGAGCUUUACUAAGGAGUGUCUCCGUGUUUUUACGCCUUCAGGAAUCAUCGAGAUCAUGAGAGAGAAGCGAUCGGAGGAUCUAGAAACGCAGAUCAUUCAAGGUCUUCAAUUUGACAGUCUUCAACUGCCUCAGGACUUGUUGUGGGACGAUGCUGGGCAGAUACUAUUUGACGAUUUAUGCAAUUCCUCGGUCUACUACCUUACAAGGAAGGAGAAAGAAAUCCUGCAUAAAUAUUCGUCUGACAUGGUUGCCACAAUACCAGAGGGAAGUGCGCUCAUUGAGCUGGGUUGUGGGAGCUUGCGGAAAUCCGGAAUUAUAUUGUCCGCUUUGGAAAAAAGCAAGAAGGCAGUAACGUACUACGCCCUGGAUGUGUCCCAGGAGUCUCUGCAGAAUGGUCUAGCCCAUCUCCAUAAGGGCCUUGGCCCCCUUGAUCAUGUUGAGUUGCGAGGGCUCUGGGGCACAUACGAAGACGGCAUAGCGUGGGUUGCAGAUCAAGGCCCUAUGAACGCGUACACAAGUAUCACCUUUCUCUGGAUGGGAAACAGCAUGACCAAUAUGCAUCUCGCCCAAACCCAGUCACUGCUCUCUCGCAUGAGUGAUACAUGUGCUAGCUCAGGUAUCCGAUGCCAGUUUCUGGUAUCGGCCGAUGGGUGCACAGCCGAGGAUACAGUGAUGGCUGCUUAUAGCACGGAGUCUCAACCGUUUAGAGACUUUAUGUUAAAUGGGCUGCAGUCCGCAAACCGCAUUCUAGGGCAGGAUGUUUUCUGCUCUUCUAAUUGGACAUUUGGCACUGUUUUCGACCGUACGCGACACGAGGUCCAAAUGUUUUACACCCCCACUCAUGAUGUUAGCAUCUACAUCAAUUCGGAACGGCGCAAAAUCAGCAAGGGAGAGAAAGUUGCAGUUGUAACUAGCGGGAAAUGGCCUGAGCCCUACUUCCGGUCAAUAGUUGAAGGCAUUGGUCUGCAGGUGCUUGACCUGUGGACGGACAGCGACCAGGUCUACUCAUCUUUUCGACAGAGGAUAAGUCAGAAAGAGCAGAGGUGGUGGGACUUAUCAUCAAAUGAAUAUGGCCAUGUCUUCCCUGACAUAGAGAGUAUCUGCCUCUGCUAG